AUGCCUGGUUUCUUUUACAAAGGGAAAGACAAGUUUCCCCGGCUAAGAGAUACUUUGCUCUUAGGAGUGUUUUGGUUUGAUUUUUUUUGCAGAAAAGCUCCGUCCCUCAGGACAGAGGCACCGUUAAGAGACGCAGAGAACCCCCAAGACAAAGGAACUCUGAAUAAGCUCAGAGAUCCCGAGAACCUGCAGACACCCUUCCUUCCCGGUCUUCAAAGGCGCCGUCGCGCGUGGGCCUCAAGACUGCGCGGAGAGACCCCGAGACAGCUUAGGCUUCCCCUCAGGCGCUCCGUCUGGUCCGCCUCUCCCCUCGGCAAAAUCCCGCCCAGAAAAGGCGAUUCAUUGACUUCGCUGUUUUAAGACUGCCGGGCGCCGACAGGCCAGGCAAACCGAAAGGAGAAGUGGAGAAACUCGGCGGCGAAGCUGGAUCCGAGCUGGGGAAGGGGCGGCUGGCUGGCUGCCUGCUGCCUGCUGCCGGGGCCAGCUUGACGGCCCAGAGACCGAAACCAGGGCGUGAUUUUGUGUGGGAAAUAGGCCGGACGGUGUUUUAAGGGAAGACCCGUUUCCAGUGGCGGCGGCGGCGCGGCAAGGACAGAGAAUGGGGGCCGCCCGACUGCUGCGGGCCGUCUUUUGGGGCCUGCUCCUCCCGCUGCACUCUUGAUCAAACCAAGAAUUCUUCCUACACCCAAGUCUUUUUGAAGUAACCAGAGCAUCCUUUCUGAGAAGACCUUGAAUGAUUAACGCUGAAGAAGGAAUCUUGCAUGCACUUAAGAGUGAAAAUCCUCAAUUAACAAAGGACUACUGCAUAUAUUAUAAUCCUAAUUGGACCUCUCUUCCCAGUGCCUUAAGUAACACUACUUCUACGAGACUGGAGUUCUUGACUCCCAAAUUGCUUUGCAGUCGCUCGGAUGCUACUCGUGAAACUGUCAAGGACAAAGCAAUUGUAGUGAUGAGGGGAAACUGCACUUUUUUGGAAAAGGCAGAGCUUGCUCAAAGUCUUGGUGCUAAAAUUCUGCUGAUUGCCAGUGAAAGCGGGCUAAAUACCCCUCACGGUAACAAGACUCAAAAUAUCACCAUCCCAAUUGCACUUGUAAGAAAUGAGGAUAUAAUUGAUUUGAAACAGAAUCUUGGAAAGAACGUGAACAUGACAUUGUAUGCACCACCCGUGCCAAACUUUGACUACAGCAUGGUGGUUAUCUUUCUGAUCGCUGUACUCUGCGUAGCAGCGGGAGGCUACUGGAGUGGAAUAGCAGAGCUUGAGAAUCUGAAGGUGGUUCCAAGCGGGGGAAGCAGUGACUCAAAGAAUGAGGAAAAUGUGACUUUGACUCCUGUGGCCAUUGUUGUCUUUGUUGCCAUCUGUUGUAUUAUGCUAGUCUUGAUGUACUACUUCUACAAAUGGCUUGUAUAUGUCGUCAUUGCAGUUUUCUGCUUGGCAUCUGCAACGAGCCUGUUCCACUGUCUUUCUGCCCUAGUUAGAAAAAUACCUUAUGGACAAUGCAGGUUUCCAUGCUGGAACAAAUGCAUCGAAGUGAGACUCCUUUUUCUCGGUGUAAUGUGCAUAGCAACAUCUGUUGUUUGGGCGGUGUUUCGGAACGAAAAUCGCUGGGCCUGGAUUUUGCAAGAUCUCUUGGGGAUUGCUUUCUGUGUGAACUUCAUUAAAACACUCAAAUUGCCCAACUUUAAGUCGUGUGUGAUUCUCCUCGGCCUCCUCCUUGUAUAUGAUGUAUUUUUUGUCUUCAUCACACCAUACCUUACAAAAAGUGGAGAAAGUAUAAUGGUUGAAGUUGCAGCCGGUCCUUUUGAAAACAGCGAAAAGAAUGAUGGAAACUUGGUGGAAGCCUCUGCUGAGCGGUCAGCUCCUCAUGAGAAAUUGCCAGUGGUAAUCAAAGUGCCUAGACUGGUAUUCUCUGCAACGAUGUUAUGUGCAAUGCCAUUUUCAUUACUUGGAUUUGGUGAUAUUGUUGUACCAGGUCUCUUGGUCGCCUAUUGUCACAGGUUUGACGUUCAGACAAGCUCUUCCUCUGUGUAUUUCAUUUCCUGUACUAUAGCUUAUGCUGCUGGCAUGUUGAUCACAUUUAUGGGUCUGGCCCUAAUGAAGAUGGCACAGCCAGCCCUUCUCUAUUUAGUACCAUGUACACUCAUUGUCUGCACGCUACUUGCUUUGUAUCGCAAAGAGAUGAAAAAGUUCUGGAGUGGCAACAACUAUCAGGUGAUGGAUCCCAUGGAUUUCACUGCUAAUGAAGAAAAUUCAACGAGAGCCAAUGAACAACAUGAAGGACAGUAACAGGGCACCUAAAAUAAUGUAUUAAGAUUUUCUACUCAAAAUAUUAUAGAGACUGGUCUAAUUUUUAAAUUGGAAUAUUUCUUACAAUUUAUUAUGAAAAGAAUUGCCUUUUUUAGACUUGCACAUAUAUUUUUGUGAAAAGCUUACUGUUGAUGAUGCUAUCAGAAUGCAUUCAGCUCUUUAUUUUUUAAAGUGCCAAACUCUUUUCAAUAAAUCCGUGCCUUGCUCACUUUGAAAGGUUGUUGCCUGUGAGAUAGAUAGUAUUUUUACUUAUUGCCCAACUUGCUGCUGUGUAUAAGGCUUUCUGAGUGAUACUUCAUUAAAGUUGUUUUAGCUGCAGAGUGGCGGAAACGACAAAUGUUUUGCACAGAAUCUUUGGGUAGCAGUAAAUGAAGAAUUAUGCUUUGGUUGGACCAUAGGUAACUGUGCGAUUGUAAUAAGGCGUGGAUUGCUACAAAGUUGCAAUGCGGGAUAAACAGAGAUAGUUAAACAGAUGAAUUUAUCAUAGCCUUUUAACCCAGUUCUUGUUGAAGAUGGGCAACUGUUCCAUUGUCUUAUCUUUUCAUGCAGAUUUAUUUUCUUUACCUAGCUGUGUGAACAGCAAACCAGGUUAAAAAUAAUAAACCUAGAAUAAAUAAGAACCAAGAAAACAGAUAUUUUCUUUCAUUUUAAACACAAAUUAAUGUUAUGUAAUUUCCAUGCCAGGGAUUCAGGAAUCCUUUUAAAACUGCCAUUAACUGUUGUUGUUGUUUUUUAGUAAGGACAUGGAUCACCAAAAAGUAUUGUUCAUCAACUGUUAUUCUUAAAGGGUUAUCCUGUCUUAGAGGAAGAAUUUUUAAUUGUGGUAGCUUGUGUAAUUGAUAGUCUCUGAAAUGCAAAUGUAUUAUUCAUCCUUAUGUAAGUUAAGGCCAGGCCUCACUUCUGCCAUUUUUACUCUUUUCAUUCACUAAGCACCUGACAAUGAAUGAAAUUAUCAAUUUGGAUUUGGGAAAAAAUUCACAUCUAUGACAGCAUCUUCAACAUCUUUCACUUUAGAAACUCUAAUGAAGAAAAAGCUCACAGUUUGAGCAGGAACACAUUUUGAAACCAAAGAUACUUGGAGGAAUCUGCAACAGACUGUUACAUCUGAACUUGGGACUAAGGCAAUGGUAAUGAGAAAUCAUGGACCUAAUGGGAAACUUCUUUAUAAACCAGAGGAGACUGGAAGCUUCUGGUUUUAAACUAACCACAGUUUCUUUUGACAUCUGAACUUGAGGAACUAUGGUUUGCUUAAACUACUGUUGGUGAGAACAAGCCAGGAUCUGAAAUCAGGGUUUUGAUUCUGGCUUGUUUUCACUAAACAUAAUUUAAACAAGUCACAGUACUGAUGUCUGAGGAAACUGGUUUGUUUAAAAUUGGAAGCAAAAGCAUGCAAGAGGAGGAGAAGGAGAGGGAUGGUGUGCAAGGCCAAGAUUUGAUGUAGCUUUUUCUUGUAGCAGGAAUCCAUGGCUUCCUCUUACAUUUGAAGGGCUUAUUCUACAGAGCCGUUUAAAUGCACUGUCUGCCCCUUUUGAAAAUGAUUCAGUACCUCGAAGCGCCCCCCCCCCGUGUUCUCCUCCAUGCGGUAGUAAUCACAUGGAGGAAGAAAGCAGGACAUUGCCAAGUAGCCCCUCUGUUGUAGCCCUGGUCUGCUAUGUGUGGACAGUGGGGUUGCAGGAUAAGGGCCCCACUUUCUUCCUCUACACAAUUAUGAUCAUGCGGAAGAGAGUGCCAGAAUGGGGCUUGAGAUGGCACCACAUCAAUACAAUUCAGUCCGUUAACCAGAAAAUGGAUUAUUCAGCCCCUUUCCUCAUGAGAGAACUUCAACUAUGUAUUGAGAGGAAAAAGAAAGUGGUGUAGGGGUGUGAUCUUCUUAACUGCAGGCACAAUCUACCAGGACCACCUCCUACAUAUGUAAUAUUUCCACAU